AUGGAAUGCUUGGCAUUGGCACCUCUGAAGUUUACCGUUUGGUCUUCUGAUUUCAGCUUGAUUCGGACUAACCUGUUCGUCAACGCUCACCCUAAGGCAAAGGUGGCAAGGCUACUGCAGUAUGUGCACUCCCGGCUGUCUGCAGAGUUAAAUGCUAGCGGGGAUGAUGCUAUGUCCAGACUUGCCCACGUAUCCGAGUACUACUUUCACUAUAAGCAUCAAGAGCUGUCAUUGGAUACUUACCUGCAAGAUGUGGAGCCGAUGCAUGGCCAGGGCUUUAUCAGAGUGCGAUUCGAGAGGAAGAAAUCCAAUAGCGGAAGUGCUCAGAACCUUGAUUACGAUCUGGAUUAUGAGUUUGCCACGACAAACCUUCAGUUGAACGUGAAUGUAUUGUCGGUGGAUAAGAUAAUGUCAGUUUACGAGCCUAGGGUCUCAAUGGGGAUGACUAUGGCCAGAUUAGAGAAGCUGGCCGUUCAGCGGCUUCAUGAAUACGAAGUUCAGGAUAAGAAGAAUCUUUGUGGUUUAAAAGAUCGGCAUUCGCCGUCUGACUUGGUGGGAUUUAUCUUCAAGGGUAAGCAGACACCGAUCCAGUUGGAUGCGCCUAAUAGUUUAGAACUUUACAAUGAUAUGACAUUGUCAGAAGUGCUGGGCUAUGAUUUUGCUCCAGAGAAUGGAAGCCAUUUUACCGUUAUGUUCAAAGUACGGCAUAAUCUCGACAGUGUUGAUGGCGAGGACAGCUUGAAGCUUGAGUUUGUCUCAGAUGCCACACUCUCGGCUAACGAGAUGAGAGUAACGCCUGAUACUACUGUGGAGGAAGUGAAGGAGUUCAUCUGUUCCGUUUAUACCCAUUCCCUGAGCUUAUCAACGAAUGAUAUUAAGCUGAUAUACAAAGGGCAGUUAGUUCACGUAGCAGAUUUCGCAGGCAACGCAUCGAAGAUAAUGGAGUACAUCAAUGAACCCGGUAGUGCGAAGAUUCACGUCCAGAUCAAUCAGGAUUUUAAUGAACCGGGUCCGGGCUUUUGGAGCGAAUUGUUUAACAGCCCCGAAGCCUUUGAUUUUAUUCAUCGGAGAAACCAAACCGAGGAAGUCACUUCACAGCCAAUGAUGCACUCAACAUCGGCACGAUCACAGGCAGCUUCCUUGCCAGCUAAUGAAAUGCCCGCCUCAAUACAAAGAACCGAAAACCGCAGAUACCGUUAUGUGACAAGAUCUGGACUAAUUGUACACUCAAGUCACGAGAGCUAUAUCAGAUGCACGGUUGACGGUAAAGAGGUGUACGUUCCAGCUCAGGAGCUGGAUCCCAUCACCUUCAAGCUAGAAGCAGGGGAGCAUUCAAUCAGCGCUUCUUCAGCGGACUGCAUCGUAGAGAAUGGACUAAUUAAGCUGUCGCCGAAUUUGAUAGCGAGACUAGAAUCGCGACUAGGUACGAGCAUCCUCAAAGAUAUAUUCAUAGCACAGGAACUGAACCCUAGUAACGGAGGAAAUAUGGGAAAUUUCUCCACUGAAUCUGGACGAGGUCAACGCGCGUUUAGGAUCGUCUCUUCUCUGCGGAAUGGCUUCCCGAUCGUUCUACUGUUGGUGAGAACCCUGUAUCUGAUCGGAAAUUACUCCAUCAUCCCACUCUUCUUUCUCAUGAGGUUAUCGGAGCUGCUUCCCAGGAAGUACAUCAUAUUGAUUGCAGUACUAUACAUUCUCCGCGCAAUAUGGAGUACCCGUGAAAUCUGGGAUAUGUGGACAAGUUACAUGAACAGUAAUGUUGUGAACGAGACCAACUACCGCGAAAUCAAAGACUAUAUCAGCUCAGGCUCGCUUUCCAGCGAAUUUUACGGCGAUUGCAGAAAUCACCCGGCAGUUAUCGACAUUCUCAUGGCGUCGAACCUGCGCGAGCUGAGGUCUGACCUGUACGACGCUUACAGCAUUCCAAAUGCUGUCGAGCAGGGCAACGGUGCCCUCACGAGCCUCUUCGAAAGAGUGCACGCGCGCGAACUCAACAAGCAACCCAUGGACGCCUUCCUUGUCAACUGCCUGGACCUUUACGAGACCAACAGAGACACCACACCCUCCUCCUACCUGGACUCCUUCAAAGAGCUGCUGCUGCUUGCCCACAGAGACCAGGACCGAACCCGCGCUCUACACGACCUGCCUUGGUACAAGAAGUUCGUCCGCGUCACUUCGAGUCAACUGCGUAGAUUCAGACGCCGUCAGCUGGCUACCAAGAUCUUCGAGCGGAUCGUCCCCGACCCGGCAACGGACAACUUUUUCCUCGCUGUCGUCAAGAACCUGUUACUGUUCGUCUGCAUCCUGUUCCCACAGACCAAGAGCCAUGUGGACAUCGUUCUACAACAGCGCUCCAACCGUCGAGCCCAUCAAGAAACGUCCUUGCGCGAUCUAGAGCCCGCGGUGCAGCCCGAGCCCGAGCCGGUGCCGGACCAGCCUGCUGGAGCGUCAGGCCUCCAAUUGCACCCGGAGCAAGCCCAGGAUUAG